GCUGAAACAUAACGGACGUGUCGUUGCGUCGCGCGCGUGUGUGUGUGUGUGUCUGUGUGUACUGAAACAUUUUGGGGUCGCAGCAAAUCGGUGAAAAAAUUUUUAAUUAUACAAUACUCGUGUUUGUUCUCGCAGCAAAUCGAAGUAAGCACAUUGUGCGAUUUAGCUGCACAGGAAAUAUAAAAUAAGUUAGCUGAAUUACCGCUUGACAACGAAAAUAAUAUUUAGCAAAAGCAAAUACAACAGAGGUUAAUUCUAGUGCUUAAUAAUCAGUGAACUGCGGUUUCAAACGCCUUAGUCUUCCCCUUCGUUGCAUUUUCUUAACCGGAAUGCCACCAACAUCAAAUAACCAAAAUCCACAACAACAACAACGAAUGGAAUAAAAUAAAAAACCAAGGCGUCGGCUAACGGCUUAUCUAUCAAUUGACGAAGCACGAGGAAAGCGAAGAAGCGAGAGACGAAGAAGAAGUGACAAAGCGCUGAGUGCGCGAAAUACUCAAACUAGAAAACACUUUCAAAUCUGUAUAUAAAUUAAAGGCGGCGGCGCGUGUGUUGUAAAAGCAUAAUAACAGCAAAUUCCAUUGAAACACUUGCCAAAACUGGGCCGAGGCGCGUGCAAUAUGCGCAACGGUGUUGGGGAACGAGUGAGUGCCACGGAACGCACUGAAUCGAAACGGAACGGUGGGAAUCUAUAAUGCAACAGCAACGGCGGCAGCAAGAAGAAUUCGAAACAGAAAUUAUUGGGAGAAAGGAAAGCAUUUGGAAAAUGUUGUUCCCGCACACUGAAGAAAAUGCAUCGUUUUCUUAACAUCCAGCAAAAUAUCAAACUACGCAACUAUCAUCAGUUACUUUUGUAUUUUGACGCUGCUGCUGGAGGAAGAGCGGAAGUGAGUGGAAGAGGAACCGGAAACGGAAAGAGAAGCGGCCGCAACGGAAGUAGAAGAGGCAGCAGAGCAGCAGCAGCAGCAGCAGGAGCAGCAAUAACGUUAAGAGCAAACGCGACGUAACGCCACGAAACGCAACGUCUAGAGUAGUUGAAGCAUAAUAUUAUACUAUUAGCCCAAUACAUUAACCCAACGCUGCCACUGUUCCUAAGACAUCAACAACAACCAGAAGAAGAAACCAUUUAAAAUAAACGUAGACCAUAGUCGUAACCGUAAACCGUAACGCAAACGCCUCUACACAAGUUAAAAUACAGAAACACAAAUCAUAUGCCAAUUUUUGAUCAUCAAGUCGUUUAGCACCUAUCAUAGACUCACCCUCAUAAGCGCAUCAUAAAAAAUCAAAAUCUCAAACGACACUACCACAAAAACCAACUAUAACAACAAAAAGCAGACGUUGUUUUAGUGUCCAAACACCCAAAAAAAAAAAAAAAAAAAAAAAAAAACCGAUCUCGCCCCUUGCCACGGACACCAAAAAAAAAACACAACAAAAUAGACAAAAAUACAAAAAAAAAAGCCUGGCUAAGGAAAGCGGAAAAAUAUGGCCACACCCCAAGUCAAGGACUUGGUGUUGCGCUCGCCCGCUGGCUCCUCCGAUGUCAUUUCCUUCGCCUGGCCCCUGCAAAUCGGACACGGACAAGAUAAGCACGAUAAUGGCAUCGACAUUAUCGACACCAUUAAGUUCGUCUGCGAUGAACUGCCAUCGAUGUCAUCGGCCUUCGAGGAGACCAAUCUCCAUCAAAUUGACACUGCCUGCUAUAAGACUAUGACCGGUCUGGUCGAUCGCUUCAAUAAGGCCGUCGACAGCAUCGUUGCAUUGGAAAAAGGAACUUCACUGCCCGCCGAGCGCCUGAACAAGUUCGCUCACCCUAGCCUUCUAAGACACAUUUUGCAAUUAGUAUACAAUGCUGCCGUACUCGAUCCGGAUAAACUCAACCAGUAUGAGCCCUUUUCGCCAGAGGUUUAUGGCGAGACGAGCUACGAGCUGGUUCAGCAGAUGCUCAAGCACGUCACCGUCAGCAAGGAGGACACGUUCAUCGAUCUCGGCUCGGGAGUGGGCCAGGUGGUCCUCCAGAUGGCCGGAUCCUUUCCCCUGAAAACGUGCAUUGGCAUCGAGAAGGCGGACACUCCUGCGCGAUAUGCGGAGCGCAUGGACGUGAUCUUUCGCCAGUAUAUGGGAUGGUUUGGCAAGCGCUUCUGCGAAUAUAAACUGAUCAAGGGUGAUUUUCUGGUCGAUGAACAUCGUGAGAAGAUCACCUCCUCGACGCUGGUCUUUGUUAACAACUUCGCCUUUGGCCCGACGGUGGACCACCAGCUCAAGGAACGGUUUGCGGAUCUGCGCGACGGAGCGCGGGUCGUGUCCUCUAAGUCGUUCUGUCCGCUGAACUUUCGGAUAACGGACAGAAACCUCAGCGACAUUGGCACCAUAAUGCACGUCAGCGAGAUUCCGCCCCUCAAGGGCUCCGUUUCCUGGACCUGCAAGCCCGUCUCGUAUUAUCUGCACGUAAUAGAUCGCACCAUAUUGGAGCGAUACUUUCAGCGCCUGAAAACGAAAGGCGGCAACGAUCACGAGAGUGUUGGAACUGUUCGCACCACACGAGAUCGUGCCAAGCGUGAGGCGAAUGUUGGCCAGCAUCAUCACAACAACCAUCAUAACAACAGCAACCAUCACGCCAGCAACAACAACAACAGCAACCAUCAGCGGGAGCGAGAACAGUCGAACGGAGCUGCCGCUACCGCCGCCCAUCAGCAGCGAAAUCAGUCCCAAUCGCCGGCCAAUGUCAGCGGCGGGGGCAUAGCAGCUGCCAGUGGGCCACAAGCUGCCUCCAAAACACGCCAGCAGCUGCAACAGCAGCAGCAACAGCAGCAGCAGCAACAGCAGCACCAGCAACAGCAGCAGCAACGCAGUCUGGACAUGGAGAGCAGUACGGAGAGCGAUGGCGAGGCGACGAAUGGCAAUGGUGGCAACACCACCACGGCCACCAACACCACCUCCGCCUCGAAUGGACCGAUGACCAGGAAGGUUUGGUCCGACUGGUGCAGCUCCAAGGGCAAGAGUUCGCAGUCGGAUGACGAGGAGAACAACAACUCCAACAGCAAUGGCGGCAGCAAUGGCGGUGGAAUGGGCGGAGGAUCAGUUGGCCGACAGGCACGAGCAACGACGCAGAAAAAGCGCAAAAAGUUGACCAGGAAAGCGGCCAUUGCCAGCAAAUCCGCGGCAGCUGCCCAAAGGGAAGCGGAGGCGGCAGCCGCGGCGGCGGCGGCAGCGGUGGCCAGCAAGGAGUCCAGCUCCAAGGAGGAUCAACCGCGGGCAGCGAGUGCCGGACCUGGUCGUAAGGGACGCAUGAAGAAGGGGGCGCGUGGCAGAAAAUCCCUGAAGAUUGUUGGUCUGGAAGCCUUGCACAAGCAGACGGUGUUGAGUACAUCCCUGGAUACCAUGACCAAGAAGCUGCCAGCAGCUCCUGGAACCGUGGAUCAACAGCUUACAGCUCUGCUCACGGAAAGCAUGGCACACACGGAGUUGGAUAUUCCAUCUGCGCCACAGGACACGCCUUACGCUCUGCAGAUUCUGUUGGAUGUGUUUCGUUCUCAGUACACAUCGAUGAUUGAGCACAUGAAGUCCAGCGCCUAUGUGCCGCAGGUUCAGAAGCAGAUCGCCCAAGAGCAGGAGCGCAUGGCCAGGCUGAAGAACAGAGCCAGUCAGCUGGACAAGCAGAUCAAGGUGCUGAUCGAUGACAGUGUGGCUCUGCUUAAGGUGCGCAUGAACGAGCUGGGCAUCCAUGUGAACUCGCCCAACGAUCUGAUCGCCCAGGCGAAGGAGAUUGUGGGCAGGCACAAGGAUCUGCAGCACACUGCAAGCAGGAUGCGGAACGAAGUCACCUUCUACGAGGGCGAGCAGAAGCUACUGCUCAACAAGCAGCUGAAGAACCUGGCCGAGUACCAGAAACUAUGCGGUGGUACGGUCAAUGGCAAGGUGAAGCUGGAGGUGGCACCGGAACUUUCGGAGACCACUGCCCAGGAGCUGGUGCUGAAGGAGAUUGCGAAUACACUGAGCCAGCGCAAGAAACUUUACGCCCAGGUGUCCACCAUCGAACAGGAGACAACGGUGCUGCAGAAGACAGCGGAGGAGAGGUCCACCGCUGCGACACUUUUGGCGCAAGGCACAAACCUGAUUGUGUCAACGGGGACCUCAUCUGCAUCCUCCUCCUCAUCCGCCGCCGCCGCCAACGCUACAAAUUCUCUGACAGUGCAAAACAAUAAACUAAACACUGCGAAGAACUCCCGCCGCAGUCGUGAGCAUCGGGCGCGUUCGCAGGAGUGGCCAGAGGUGCCGGAAGUGGGCAAGAUCCAGGAAAGCAAUCCCGAAGUGCUGGCCCAAAAAAUCGUGGAGACCUGCCGCCAAAUUGAGGCUGGCAAGUUCCAGGGAGCAGCGGCGCCCACUUACCAAGUGAAUGGCAAGAGCAAAGCGAUUCAAGAGCCCACUCCCCCAACUCCGCCCACUGCUCCAGUGAGCAUUAAGUCCUCACCUGGCCACCACUACAAGGAUAGCACCCUGAUGCCGGCACCCAAGCAACAGCAGCAGCUCUCGCAGCUGCCCAAGUGUGAGCUUCCCGGAAUGUCGGCCAGUCGGAAGCAGGAAUCUCCCAAGGUGGCAAACUUCGAGGAUCGGUUGAAGAGCAUCAUCACCACAGCCUUGAACGAGGAUCAGGAGCUGCGCAGCAAGGCAGUGGACUCGUCGCCAUCCCCAUCUCCCCUGCACAGUCCGGCGCCCAAGCGAUCGAAGCAGCAACCGGCUGCCGCCAUGAAUCCAUCUGCCCAGUCGCUGCCCAAUAAUCUGCACAACAUCAUCACCGUGUCCACGCAGGGUUUGAUGCAUCUGAACGCCAACACAACUAUAUCGCCCAUAACACCACCACUGCCCGGUCCGGGGGCAGGAGCCACUGCUUCCACGGCGCCGCCCCCGCCAGCAAAUCUUCCCUACGGCGCUUAUGGCGGGGCAGUAGGCAAGGUCACGGGAUCGGUAUCCGGAUCGAACAAGUACCAGGCAGCUAAGGAACCGAAGUACUCGCCGGUUCGACAGGCACCGCCACCACCACCGCCUCCACCCUCUCACAUGGCUGCUUUGUAUGCAGCUGGCCAGCAGACGACUCCUGCCGAUCUGGGCUACCAGCGGCGACGCAGUUCCGUGAGCGCCAGCAGCUACGAGCACUUUAUGGUUCAGCAGCAGCAGCAGCUCCAGCAACAGCAGCUCAUGCUGGCCGCCGCUGCUCAUGCGGCACAGCGUCAGCACAUGCGAGUGGAGGAGCAACAGCAGCAGCAGCAUCAUCACCAGCAGCAGCAGCAUCACCAGCAGCAGCAUCAUCAUCACCAGCAACAUCGUAUGCAGCAGCAUGUGCAGCACCAGCACCAGCACCCUCAUCCACAUCCGCAUGCGCAUGCGCAUCAUCCCAAUGAGUUUAAGGCACCGCCGGCUGAUAAUCAUCUGCAGCGUUCGGGAAGCCGUGAGCAAUUGAUUGUGGAGCCACAGCAACAACCGCUGGAGCUGCUGCCGCGUGCCAGUUCCGCCAACUCGGACUACAGCGGCUAUCGCAUCCGUCCGCCAAGCAGGCCAAGCUCGAACUCAUCGCAGCCGGAUUACACGCAGGUUUCACCCGCCAAGAUGGCCCUGCGUCGUCACCUUUCGCAGGAAAAGCUGAGCCAGCAUGGGCCGCCACAGGCCACGCCACCGCUUUCGGGACAGGCAGGAGCUGCCACUUCGGGCAAGACCAUUGGCGAUUUGGUCAACGGGGAGAUUGAGCGAACUCUGGAGAUCUCGCAUCAGAGCAUCAUAAAUGCAGCCGUGAACAUGAGCACAAGUGGCGCCAACUUCAUGGAGCGAGCCUUCCUCAAUGAGCGAUCCAACGAUCGGCUGCUGAUCAACUUGAAUGCCCAGCGACCGGAGCGAGUGCAUGUUCGUCCGCUCUCCGAGGAGUCCCAGGAGCCACAUCCCACCAGCUAUGCCCAGGAGCGAGGACCAGGAGUGGGUGCUGUCGCAGCUGCCGCCGGAGGGAACAGCAAUCUGGCCACUUUGGCACAUGUGGCCUAUGUCCAGAAGGCGCAGGCCGGCGCUCGAGCCAAUGCAGGCACUGCACCGCCCACGACCCACUCCGCUGCUGUUCGCUCUGGACGGGACUAUCAGCCGGUGGCUCUGCCCCGAGCGGAGCUGAAGGGCAGCAUCGAGGCCUAUUUCCACGAAGAGCAGAAGCAGUCGAAGGGCUCGGGAUCGGUGGGAGCAGCCUCUUCGCGGGGACCGCGUCUCAAUGGUGCCAAUCCUCCACUCGAGGGACUAGCUGCCUCGCUGCAGGAUCAUGUGCGCGCCAGGAAAUACAAGGAAGAGACCGAGGAACGUCAACGCCGUGCAGCAGCCGCUGCCUCUUCAUCUUCAACGGGAGUACCGCCUCCUGGCUUGGAUCUGGCCACGCAUUAUGCUCAUCAGGCGCCGCCGGCCCACAGCUACCAUCACCAUGGUGCCAAUCUUAAUGGAACGCCGCACAAAGUCGAGCUUGGAAUAAAACGAAGCUCUCCGCUGGCGUCGCACCAGCAACCGCCUCGCCCCUCUAAACUGGCGCACUACGAGCCGCCACCGACGCAGCAGCAGCAGCCGCACCACGCACACCUGUACGUUAACGGGCAGGUGCUGCCGCCGCCUCCGGCUCACGACGCGACCACGCCCUCCCCCACGCCCUCGUCAUCGUCGUCGUCAUGCGGACGUCGCAGCAACAGCAACAGUGGCAAGAUGCUGGUGGAGCCACCACUACUGAUGAGUCCCGAGAUCAAUUCGCUGUUGGGCGAUGAGCGAGCCAUGCAGCUGUCGCACCACCCACAGCAGCAGCAGCAGCAGCAGCAAAUGCUGCACCACCAUCAGUCGCAGCAACAGCAGCAGCAACACCUGCAGCUGGCCCAGCAGCAGCAACUGAGGGUGCCCCAUUUGGGACAUGGCCUUGGUCAUGGGCACAAUCACGGUCACGGUCACAGUCACAGUCACAGCACCACGCCCACUUUGGGCGGACAGCGCAGUGGCAAUGCCGCCGACGAUGAUGAUGUUAUAGCCGCCGAUGAUGAAACCCACUGGCAGCAUCGCGUCAGCUCCGGAUUCGAUCGACUGGUGGCCUUCGCCAGCACUGAAUUGGAUAAGACCAGGCGGAGCAUUGACGGCGACACAGUUCCGGCCUCGAUCAGUUGCAACACGUCGCCGGACUCGGGCAUUACGCACAGCAGCAGCAAUUCGGAUGCGGUGCGCACGUUUUUGUCCACCUCGUCCAGCUCCUCGCAGCUGGAGCUGCCCAUUGGCAGCGGAGGCAGCAGCAGCAAUAGCCUGUACAACCAUCACGGCCAGCUCAACAACAUCAGCGGCGGUGGAGGCAUCAGCAGCGGCAACCACCAUCACCAGCAGCAGCAGCAGGCGCAGCAGCAACAACAACAACAGGUGCAGAUGCAGCACCACCAACAGCAGCAGCAGCACCACCACCACCACCACCACCUGUCAGAUCACUUAAGCGACAGCAGCAUCAAAUCCUCUGCAUCCUCCUCGCUCCAUGGUGCUGGUGGGUCCCUGAAAACCGUGUCGCCAGUCGAUCCCAGUGCCAUUGAGUCGCCGCCGCUGUCGGACGUGGGCUUGCCCAGGACUCCGAGUCCCAGUGCCGCCAGUGUGGCCACUCCGCCCUUGGCCAGUGGACCACCGGGGUCCGGCGAUUUGGGCGGAAUACCGCUGAAGUAUCAGCGCAAGUCGAAGAGCAGUUCGGAAAAGCACUACAAGAAGAAGUUCUGCGAACGAAACUGGGAGUACGACUGCGACGAACUGCUGGCCUACUCGAACUCCAGUGCACCGCCCACGGCCGCUGAUGCGGCGGGCAAUGGGCCACCCAAUUUGGAUGCUCCGAAUAACAUCGGUGGAGUAGCAGCUGCUCCUCUCCUGGGAAAAUCUGGAAAAUCGCCCAAGGAGAAGUCAUCGCCGCACCAUAGCGUCUUUAACCAUCAGCAUCAGCAGCAGCAACAGCAGCAGCAACAGCAGCACCAUCACAAAUCAUCCAAAUUCCGGCCAAAGGGCAAGGACUGGGACUGGUCAAUGGACAGUCGCAGCCAGACGGGCGACCUGCUGCCACCCAAUAACAACAUGAACAUUAACAACAACUCAACCACCACAACGAGUAAUUAAUUUAGUAAACUAAUUUAGUUCAAUUUGCUGAAUGGAACGGAGAGAUAUCGAGAAAAGUGUGCAAGGCUUUGCUGCUUUUUAGCCAGAUUAUUUGAAAUGGAUGGGAUCACAGUGUAUAUGGAACAUCCUUUGAAUUGUACUGUAUUUAAUGAAGAUUUUUUGUAAUUUUAACUAAAUGAAUUGUGUAUGCAUAGCUAACUUAUUGUAUAGCCCAGCUCUCCAUUUGCCUUGUUUUAUUUGAUUAUUGCUAUCCACCAGCUUUCCUGUCACCAGUGUGUGUUUUUAUUUCAAUGAUAAUUUUAACUAGACUAGCGACGUUUUUCGUAUUUGGUUAUAAGGUUGAACCCGAAUGAACCCAACUGCUAAUGAACAAUGUUACUGACUUCUCUGUACCGAUUACCAAUUAUUAUGAUUAUGUAUUUAAUUUGACUUAUUGUUUAAUUACGUUUGCCCAUAAGUUGAAUGUUUUGUCUUUAUUAUUUUGAAAUAAAACUGUAAACUAAUGUUACAAAA